UCGAUAGGCACCUGUUUUACCUGUGCGGAGAUGUUCGAUCGUAAAAUCUAUUCCCGGAUCGCGUGGCGUUGAUCGAGGCUCUGGAGUUGGGCUCCUGAAAUCAGUUGAUUACGAAACCUCGACCCGAUAGCAAGUGUUUUAUGUCCCGAGUGCGGUUCCAAAGUUUGUUUCCAAGUAUCCAUGUGAUUUUUCUGAGUGCAUCGUGUGGGCAAUCUUUAGUGAUAAGCGAUUGAAGUUGAAAUUUUGAUCGCCGUUGUAGAAAAGUGGACGAGUUUCUGCAUCAGAUUGAACUUUAAUUGAAGCUAAUUACGAACCGAUUAAAGUCGGAACCCGAGUAAGGGAAAUACAAAAAGUUCUCCCGGUCUGGACAGUUCGAUCGGCGCAAGUGAUCACAACAAACGAAAGCGAAGAAUUUGUUAAUUGGAUUUAAGUGAUUUCAAGGACUUGGACUCUCGGAAAAUGAGUUCGGCGUACAUGCAGUACAAUCCCGCCUCGAUGAUGCACGGGGCAGGGCUGGAAUCGUCGUACACUCACUAUGGAAUGACGACCGGUUCCCAGUGUUACGGUUAUGCCACGGACAGUGCGUCCUCCGAAGGUUAUCACAGUCCAGGACCGGUAUCUAGUCCCGAUUCCUAUUACCAAUCCCCUGAGGAGUACAGUCCAAUUGGGUAUACCGGUUACGGCUAUGAUGGAACGAAUGGAUGUACCGAAUCCUACUAUGGCUACACGGCAAACGAUUUCAAAACUGCCAGUCCCACGAUCCCUAAGUUGAUCCCGUCUAGCUCAGUAACUUCGACUCCCUGCUCCAGAUACCCCAACGAUCGCUACAGUCCUUACGCGUUACCUGCCAAGUUCAGCCGCCCUCAAGGAUUCCCUCAUCCACAAUCCAGCUCACCGACUCCAAGUACAGUCAGUUCAUCCAGCAGUUCCUGCAGUAUCAAGAGUCUACCAGCCUCAGACCUUCCUCAACUUGGCUCCCAACCUCAAGACCCCUCCACCUCACCCCAGCAGCCGGAAGUUGUGCGCAAACGUCGUCUGGCCGCCAACGCACGCGAACGGCGGCGCAUGAACAGCCUAAACGAUGCCUUCGAUCGCCUCCGGGAUGUAGUGCCCUCGCUCGGAAACGAUCGGAAGCUCUCCAAGUACGAGACCCUUCAGAUGGCCCAGACCUACAUCGCGGCCCUCAACGAGUUGCUGUCCCGAAAGUGAUCCUGUCCUGUCUUGCUGCCGAAGGUUUUUCGACUGUAAGAAAUUUGUUGAGAUUAUGUAAAUCAGUGAGGAUCGCGUGACCUUCCCGUGAAGGUAACGAUAGUCUGGCUUAAAUUAGGCCUGUUGAAUUAGGU